AAAAAAUACUCAUUUCUGUUCAAAAAAUAAAAUAGCGACAGCAAAACAAAUCAGAGUGUGGUAGCAAUGCAAUCCCAGAUGAAGAAAAUUUUGGGUGUCACAAAUGGAAAGGGAAGCAACCAUGUGCAUGAUGAUAUUGCCUUCUCUAUUCUAUCAAAAUUGCCUUUUAAAUCUUUGAAGCGAUUUCAAUGUGUACGCAAAUCAUGGUCCCACUUAUUUGAUAAUCCUGGUUUCAUGAGCGUGUAUGGUAUCAAUUUCUUAUCUAAUUGUCCUAAUGAUAAUCAUAUAUCUGUUCUCUUAUGGGAGUCUGGAAAUCAAUGGUAUUCUCUUUCUGGUGAAAGGUUUGAGAAUAGGGUUAUGUUAGAUUGGCCAAAUCUAUAUCCAGAUCAAUUCAAUUUUUUGAAGUUUUUUAGUUUUUGUAGCAUUAAUGCCAUACUUUGUUAUGAGUCAAAUUAUUUCAGUAAGCUUAUUAUGGACAGGAAAAUUAUAUUGUGGAACACAACUACCAAGGAAAUGAAGGUCAUUCCUUCAAGCCCUUUUGAGUUGUUUUCGCCGCCUGUUGAGCUUAACAUUAAGGCUAAUGUUAAACAUUUUGCUAGAUAUGAUCUUCAUGGAUUUGGUUAUGACCGUGUUACAGAUGACUAUAAGUUGAUUCGUCGUACUUAUAUUCAACCUUUCUUUACAGACUAUCCUAAUCUCAAACACUAUGGUCAUGACAAUCGUGAUGACCCAUUUGAUAGUGAUUUAUCGUUGUUGCAAGAUAAAUUUUUGGACUCCUUUUGGGAGGUUUAUAGUUUAAGAAGUAACUCUUGGAAGAAACUUAAUGUCGAUAUGCCUAAUUGUGUUCGAGGUUGUUCUUCUUCAUUUUACGUGUAUCUGGAUGGAGUAUGUCAUUGGCUGCAUAUACCACAUCGAGAUAAAUAUAUUGGAGCAUGUUUGAUUUCAUUUGACUUGAGCAAUGAGGUUUUCAUUAUCACACCCAUUCCCACAAUUGUUAAAGCGCAAUGGCCGCAAUUGCCAAAAAUGAUGUGGUUAAAUAAGCCGGAAUUGGGGGUGUUAAAUGAGUCCAUGGCCAUGAUCUCAUACGAUAAAACCAUGACUUUUCACAUAUUUGUUUUGGGUGAAGUCGGCGUCAAGGAAUCAUGGAUCAAACUCUUCACUGUUGGACCGUUAACUUCUGUUAAGACUCUCAUCGGAAUGGGGAAGAAGGGGGAAAUAUUUUUUAGAAAUAAAGACUGUGAAAUAGCUUGGUUUGAUUUAAAUACCAAGACAGUUGAGGUGCUUGGUUUCAAAGGACAGCGAUUUAAACCAAAAGAUAAGAUUUUAAUUUAUAGUGAAAGCCUUCUUUCUAUGAAAAGAAUACAAAAAUAAUUGUUUUUCUUGGUUUCACUUAGGAAAGAGAUGUAUGAUUGUUGAGGUUCAAAUCAUAUGAAUCAUGCUUUAUUGUUUUUUUAUUAUGAAGGUUUACU